GUCAUAUAUAAACCAGCCUAAUUUAAUAUCUCUUUUUUAAAAGAUGAACAAAUAUUAUUUUGUAUCUACUUUUGUAUCAGUUUCUUUUGAUAAGAUACAACAAGGAAGGACAUGAAGUGACAUGCAAAUAUAUUUUGAGUUUCUGUUCAGUGUAAAAGGUGUGGUUAUGGUAAUUAUAUCCAGGAAAAGCUGCUGGUAACUGACUAUAAGAUCAAUUGCACACCUUCAGUUUGCAGUGGCUGCAAAUGUGCCAAUCUGCUUUGAGAUUUAUGAAGCUUUAUGACUCACCAAACCACAGCAAAAUAUAAUUUUGUUAAAGCAAAGAUUUUAGGUGGAGGUACAAGAGCUGAAGGAAAUUCUAAAGCAAUGGAGACAAAUGAUCUCAAAAAAAUGCUUGAAAAUUUGAUCAGUGCACAACAGGAAGAAGCAGAGCGACAGAAGUUAAGAGAUAUUACUCACAUGAAAGAAUUUGAAAAGUUGACCUACCUAAUGGAAACUUCUUUAUUUAAGAUGAAUACUCAGGAUGACCCUGAGACCUUCCUGAAUAAAUUUGAGCAAUUUGCACAGAGUUAUAGCUGGCCAAAGGAGACAUGGCCCCAAAAGUUAGCUCCACUUCUACAUGGUGAAGCUCAGUUGGCCUAUAAUGCCUUGGAUGAUUCUGGCAGACAGUGUUAUAGAAAAAUCAAAGAAGCCAUUCUACAACACUACAGGGCAACAUCUGAUUCAUACAGACAGCAAUUUCUUUCACUGAAGUUGCUACCUGGUGAGUCACCUCGCUUUGCUGCUUUGAAGCUAAAGGACUUAGCAAUUCAGUGGCUUAAACCUAUGGAAACAGAAAAAAUACAAUUAUUAAACAAAACUGUACUGAAACAGUUUCUGAAUAUUUUACCAAAAGAAAUCCAGGACCAGCUGCAGAUGUCACAGCCUAAAGAUCUUGAAACAGCAAUCACAAUUGCAGAGUCAUCCUUCAGUUCUUUCAGAAACACAAAAGAUAUUUCUCACAAACAUUCUGUGUUAACUGGCGAUGUUCCUAUGAGCCCAGCUUCCUUACAAAAUUAUGAUAGUGUUCUGUUCUCUGGAAAGAAAGCCACUUGCAUUGGAAACACCACACCCCGACCCUCAGAGCAAGCUCAAGUUGUUUCUCGGUUUCAUUCUAAUGACAGUUUGAACUCCUUACCUGCUGAAGAAGUUGAUGCCCAAAGUAAACUCCCAUUGCAACGGCCAGGCAAAAAGAAACUUCAAGAACCGCACUCUUUGACGACUAUCAAAAAGCGUCGGCUUUCUGAAAAUGAUGAAACUCUGAAUCACUGCAAAAAGAAACAUCAAGAACCGCACUCUUUGACGACUAUCAAAAAGCGUCAGCUUUCUGAAAAUGAUGAAACUCUGAAUCACUAUUAUAAUAUGGAAGUUAAAUCAAGAAAUAUUUUAUCACAUAUAUGUAAUAAACUGAAAGAAUCGACCUGUACUGGAGAGGAAGGAAAUGACUUUUUAAAAAAAUUAAAAGAAAAAGUCUUGAAAAUGUCGAAAAAUCGGGAUAUUCAAGAAGAAGUCUUCAUUGGAAUAUUUGGCAUGACAGGAACAGGAAAGAGUUCACUGAUUAAUGCUCUUUUAAAUGAAUUUGAUUUGCUGCCCACAUCAUCACUGGAAGCCUGUACCUCUUGCAUUGUCCAAGUGCAGGCUCAUGAGUACAGUAACUUCACAGCCGAAAUUGAAUUUUUGAGCAAAGAGGAAUGGGAAGAUGAACUGAAGGAGCUUGUAGGGAACUGUAAACAUGAUCGUACCCAGGAUAGUAAUGUCCAUAACAAAGGAGAAGACAGUGAAAGUUACAAUGCAAAAGAAAUAAUCACUGCUGUUUAUGGAAGUGAUGGACCAAACAAAAGUUUUCCUGAAUUGGUUGAGAAGGACAUUCAUGGAUCUCUGAGGUCUAAAUUUACUGCAAAAUCAGCUUCAGAACUGUGUAAGAUAAUGAAGUCCUAUAUAGUCAGUGAUUCAAAUGAGGAUUCCUCCUGUUCUUACUGGCCUUUGGUGAAGGUUGUUAAAAUUUUUGUGCCAAAGAAAACCUGUGGUCUACCAGAUAAAGUGGUACUGGUUGAUCUUCCAGGAAGUGGAGAUUCAAAUAAAGAGAGAAAUAACAUGUGGAAGGAGUAUAUUACCAAGUGUUCUUAUGUUUGGAUUGUUGCGGAAAUCAACAGAGCUCAAUCAAACAGCAAUGUAUUAGAAAUCCUCAACACAGGAUUAGAAGGCGCUGCUGGUGGAGGAAGGUGUCAAAACAUAGCCAUCAUCUGCACCAAAACUGAUAAUACUGGCAUUAAACGCAAUGAAAUGUCAAAAGAGGCAAGUUCUAAAGAUGAACGUGAAUGCAUAAAAAAAAGAAAUGAAAAGGCCAAAAAUACGCUUAUUAAAAAAUACAAUAACCAAGUAAAGAAUUUCCUCAUGGGUUCUUCAGAUGAGCUUGAUGUUGACAGCAAAAUAAAGGUUUUUACAGUGAGUUCUAAGGAGUACUGGAAUAUUCAAAGAAAAAUGAAGAGUAGUCUUAAAAUUGAAGAUACUGAACUCCCAUUAUUACAAGAUUAUCUGAAGAAGAUCUAUAAAAUCCAAACAAUAAAAGCAGUAAAAAAUUAUAUUUCUGAGGUUUCUGGCAUUAUAUCCUUUCUUAAUGUUCCUAAGGAAAUGGCUAAAGAUAAGGCAAAUAUGAAUUCGUCGCUCUAUGAAAAACUGAAAAAUAGUCUUACAAUUGAAAUCAAAGGUUUGGACAAAUUUGUAGGUGAUAUUCAAACAACUCUGCAGACACAGCUUCAAAGAGGUGCUCGUGAAGCUGUAAACAAAUGUCGAAAUAAUCUUGAGUCAAUUUUAAAUCCUAAAGAUGCAAACUUCAGUGGCUACCAUAAGACAAUUAAGGCUUUAUGCAAAAAUCGUGGAAGCUUUCGUUCAUCCACGGGGAAGUUCAUUGAUCUCAACAAAAAACUGGCAUCACCCAUUUAUGCAGCUGUGGAUAACACCUUCAAAAAUACUUUCCAGUUCAACAGAGAUACCAGAAGAAAUAUAAAAGGAAAACUCAGUUUGCUUCAAUCAAACUUCGAAAAAGAUGUGGCACUACAGUCUCAGUCUUACCGUCUGAUAUUCAUUAAAACUGAAUUAAGAAGAGUACUGGUGUCCAUGGAAAAUGAAAUUCUUCGCAGAAAAAUAAACAUAUAUAACACUAUCUUCAAGUCCAUUCAAAAGAAAUUGGAUCAAGUUUAUAAAGAUGCAUAUAAAAUGGAAGGCUUAAAUUCAAUGAGUAGCAUUCAGAUGAUGUUUAGAAACAAAGUGAGAGAAGGCCAAAACAGCAUGUUCAGAGAAGCAGUAGAAAAAAUGCUGGAUAAAUUUGCUAAACUGAAGGAAUUUGUGAUAACUACUAUAGAAGAUAAUAUGGAAAUAUCUAUGAAACUGGCACUGACACAGUUUCCAGACGGAUUGAAUUUACCAGAUUCAAGCAAGGAACUGGAAAUGAUGAAGAAACUUUGUAAGAAAUUAAACCUUAAUAUUUUUAACUGAAACUUCAACUAAUACAUUUUGAAGGAAUUCCUAGUUUAAUAAUUGUGUUACUAGCAUGUUCCUUUUUAUGUCAAUUCAUGAAGUAGACUUUGUUCUGAAUACCCAUAUCUUCUUUAAUAUUACAUAAGCAAUAUUCAAGCACUUGUUUAAAAAAUCAACUGUUCAUCAAUCUCAAAAGAACAUGACAAAAAAUGACACACACUUUUAGAUUUUAUUUUUAAUCUUCCUUCAACAUACCAGUAACAAAUGUAACAGUUGUUUUUGUCUACAUGGAUGACCAUUUCUCAAUUGUCUUUGUUUCUUAAUUUCACUGAAACCUAAUGUGAUAUUAGAGGAUAAAAAAUAAUUUUCUAUGUAACAAUAUUUAAAAAUGCAGGGUGUUUUUAAGUGUUCAGAAUCAAUGUGGCUUAUUUGCUAAACUGUAUUCAUUAUUCAUGUUCAAUAGGUUAUGAGCAUUUUAUGUCUAAGUCAAAACUAGACUUCACUUAUUCUGUUCCUCUGUGUACCUUAUUGUUUGUAUAGUAGAUUAAUUUAGCCCAUUUUUUGUAAACUAAAUUAGCUGUAGAAUGAAAAAGACAUACUCUUAUAAAACAAUGAAUAAUAGUAACUGAAGAAAAUGACGUAAUAGUUCCUGGGCUUAAGGUUUAUUUGCUUUUUUGAUUAAAUAUAUCUUGUUUAAUUCAUUUUAAUAGGUAGAGGAAGAGGUUGAUAUUUGGUAUAUUUCACAAAAAAUAAAAUGAACCAAACACUUUUACUUAUUAAUUUCUACCCUUAAAAAUGAAAUAAAAAGCAAACUAUGUUCUUACUUUAGGAAGGAGGAAUGAACAAAUGAAACAUUUAAAAUAUGUUUUCAUCUGUAAUUAAAAAAAAUGCUUUUUAUUAUGAUUUUAGAUUUAAUUUAUUAAACAAGUGUGCACUACCAUACUUCAUGACAUUGAUGGUCAAAAUAUAUUAAAUUUCAAUGGCUGUAGACAAAAUAUGCAUAUAUCUGUAUACAGUUUUGUUCAAGUUCAAAUGUAUUGCUAGGUGCAUAUAUUAAAAUGAAAUUCUUAUUUGCAUAUUUCAUCAGAACAGAAGACAAUAAUACAAUACUAACAAAGAUAUAUACACAUAAAAAAAUUAUACUGUAUAGAUACAAUUAAGUACAGUAAAGGCAAUACAUAUUUGCAAACAUUUGUGUAUACAUAUGUGUAUAAUAUGCAAAGUUUUUUUUAUGUUAUAUUACUUGUUAUUAUGUUUGGUUAUUCAGUAACCUUAUGAGCUGUGGAUAGAAACUGUCCUUGAAUCAUCUAGUGUUGAAUUAGCCCUUCGCUUGAAGUCCAUUUUCUAAACAAUUGACCAGAUCAAUGCAAAAAUUUGAAUCCUGGUGAACAAAACUGAAUAAAACAUAUUAUGCGCAAACUACUUGUAGGCAGCAGUGCAGUUCAAUUAAUAUUCAAUGUGUAACUCUGGUCUGUGUAAUUAAUAAGCUUUGCACUCCUAUACAUAAAAUGCUCAUGAAAUAUUUGGUGUUUAUUUCUAUGUAUUAUUAUGAUUAUGUUACAUUAACUGCUUUUUCUUUUUAUUACACAUUUUUGCUUUUUGUUUUCAUUAUAAUGCUGUAUUAGUCUGUGAGAAUGUAUUUCUUGGUCUCUACCAGGAGAAACACUAAGAAAGUUCCUCCUUUCUAAACAUUUCUAGCAAUAAGGGCAAAGCCCGUAAAUAAACACUGAUUGGUUUAUUUUACCAAACAAUAUCAUCUUAAAAUAAAAGAUGUUUCCACAUCCUGGCACUUGAGAUCUUCACAAUUAUUGAAAACCAGACAUUCUGGAGCAUCACACUGGGUAAACUACUCACUCUUAAAACAUUUGAAUUCUGGCCCUAAACUUCCAAUCUCCUGAAUUCUUUGCAUGCUCUGCCAGCACGUGGAGAAGGUAACACCUGAAGCAAUGCAAGCACCUCAGCUAGUAGAGAGAGAAGGGAAGAGAGAAUGUGAGAGGUGGUCCUAAUCAAUGCAAUACUCACCCUGCUACCUUGCUGAUAUUCAUCUUGGGUGUCCCAGCACAGCCUGAUAUGUACUGUGUGCUGAAUAUUCUUUAAUGCAAGCCAAUUAUAAAAUUAUUAUUUGUGUCA